CGCUCUAUGAAUGUUUAUGUUGUGAAUCUUCUGGAAUUCCUAACCUUCAAGUUUUCCUUUUUUGCCUUAUUUCUUGGUUUAAAACUAUCUAUUGUAAAUAGUUGUGAUAUUCUUCGCGAAAUUAACAACGAUUUGAAGAUAUGUUUCAAGAAUGCAAUCCAGAAAAUUUGGCCCAUGGCAAGACAUUAUGGUUGGAAUUGAAGGAUUCCUGUGGCAAUGUUAUACCCAAUGGUGAUUCAAAUGUGAUACUGACGGAAGAUAUCAACAAAGGUAUCUGUGACAAAGAACAGAAACAAAUCAUAGAGAACCAACUCCUAUUAAACAAUCAAUUUUCUAGCUUAAGCAUCAAUGUGACCGAAUGUUCGUUGGAUUUAGUUCAACUUAAUUUAUCUGAAAAUAGAUUAAGCAAUUUACCAAACUCCUUACAUCUAUUAAAGAAAUUGGUGUAUUUAAAUCUUGAUUACAAUCAGUUGACUAGUAUUCCAGAUAUCAUCUGUGAAUUAACUAGUUUAAAAACAUUGAAAGCUAGCCACAAUCGUAUAAAAGAUGUUACAAAUAAUUUAGAGACUUUAUCAAAUUUGGAAGAUCUGGAUCUGAGUUUUAACGAGUUAACGAACUUACCAAUUUCUUGCGCGAAGUUAAAUCAUUUAAAAAACUUGUAUCUCAUGGGCAAUAGAUUUAACGAAAUUCCAAAUUGUGUUACAACUGGAAUGCACAGUUUGCAAAUCUUUAAUUUCUCGCAAAACGGGCAGUCAAAGUUAAACACUCCACCAAAUAGUGUUAAUUUAAACGCUUUCUACGCCGAAAAGAACAUUUGUCCAUCGUUCCCGACAUGGAUACUAAGUCCGAAAUUUGCAAAUCUCGAAAUAGUGUCGUUUAAUGAAACAACAUUUCAUAAAUACGAUCUACCAGAAGAACCAUCCACAUCGUGCAUUAAGAAGUUAUCCAUGAAGCAGUGCGAUCUAUCUGAGACGAUUGUAGAUAAGAUAAUCGCGCGAUUGACGAGUCUCGAAGAACUGAUAAUCGGAAAUGCAAAAACCUUCUCCAGCAAUAGUUUCUGGUAUAUGCCAAUCGAAUCAUUUAAAGAACCAUCUUAUCUGAAAGUACUCGACGUGAGCAGAACAGGAAUAACUGCGAUACCGAAAAUUAUCAGCAAUUUUACUAAUUUGUCUAGAAUUGACUUGAGUUUCAAUGAUAUCAACUGGUUAGCAGAAGAAAUUUGUUCAUUAAGGAAUUUGAGCAGUUUAAUCAUAGAUAGCAACAAUUUGGCAAUUCUGCCUGAGAACAUCGGUGAACUAAUAUCGUUGAAAGAGUUAAAAGCAUCUCAUAAUAAUUUGCACAAGUUGCCUGAUAGUAUCGUAGCUUUGGCCAACUUACAAUAUUUUGAUCUAUAUGACAAUAAAUUCGAAACGAUGCCGGAAGAGAUAAUGAAGCUGCCAAACUUGAUAGGAGUGGACCUCGAACAAAACUAUUUUCCGACUGACGAUUUAUUGUUCAAUAGGAGUAUUCCUUAUGAAAGUAUGAGAGAUCUUUUGAGGGAACACUGGCACGAUCUCAAACUGCCUAGUGGAAUUAAAAUACAAACAGCCGACGACGAGAGGGAACUUUCAUCGCUAUCGAGUUCUACUACGAACAGCUCACUGAAGGAAACAUACUUAUGCGAACUACCAGACAGAAUAGAAAUAACGGAUGAGCGUUGGGAUACCUCAGAAGAUUCAGCUGAUGAAUUUGAUCCUCAUGAAUGCAGAGAACCAAAGCAACGUGUUUAUUCGCCAUUCACGUUUUACAAGCCUUUCCAGCGUGUCUACUGUCCUGGGGAAUAUCAUGAAAAACGGAUCCUAACGCGGAUUAUUCCAAUGUUGCGAAAUGGAACCCUAGUUUGGUCGACGGACUACGAAGAAGGACAGUUCGAAGAUCCCUAAAUUUUUGCACGCAAACCGAAUUCACGUGUUUAUUGGGAACAUCAGAAAGAAUUUGAUAAUUUCUACUACACGUGGCACAUUUUCCCGUACAUCCAACCUCGACAUCCGAACAGGAGCAGAAAGGUUCAUCGUUCCAUUCGAUGUGAUCGGUAAGAGUGUCCUUGUCCUCUUUAUCUGGAAACCAACUGUACCUGAAUAUAGAAGAUACAAAUCGGAAGUAAGUCAUUUUAGAAUUGACGGAAACCGAAUUAUAUUCAAACAUGAACGCAAUGAUCGAAUUCACUAUAAUCAUUUGCAAUUAAGUAUCAAAGCUAAUUAUAGGUGAAUACCACUAAUGUAAUAAUUACUUUUUUUAAAUCGUUUAUACGUUGGAAUUUUCUUGAAAUUAGUUCUAAGGGAAUGCAUCCCUUAUAUGAAUUAAUAACACGUAAUUUCUUAACUGCAUACUAAUUAAUUUAUUUUUAAUAAUAUCAACGCACAAUCUUGUGAGUGUAAAAUAAUAAUAAUGAAAAUCACUUUUUCGCAAUCGUAACACAUGUCUUAGGAGAAUGAAUAUUUAUUUAUGAAUAUUUUUUUCAAGUAUGUAGCAUACUUAUGUGUAACUAAUUUUGUUAUGUCUUUUUUUUUAUAUCGAUUUAACAUCCAUAGUGAAACAAGCCAACAAAUAUUUACACCACUAUAUGGAAUAGCUUAUUGAAAUGAUUUCAGAAUGCGUGAUUAAACACUAAGCUCUAUUUGCUUAUGAUGACUUUUAUUUACUUAAACAACUGUGUCCAGAAUAUUUUGAUUAUGAGAAUAUCGACACAGUAGCUCGAGAGCGUAAAAUAAUAAUAAAAACCACUAUCAGCCUCAACAGCAAAAGGAGCUUAAUAUUUAGUUACUCACUUUAUAUAUAUUCAUAAGGGCUUUUUAAUAUUAUUUGUACUUAUAAAAAUAUUCACUUUUCAAUAUAUAAUUAAACCUAUACGAUAAGAUACAAAAAUUGUACGUAAAAUUUUAUAAAUUGGAUUUUAAUUUUAA